AUGAAAAUCUCUUGCCUUUUAUUGGGAGCUGCUGCAGCUGGCGUCAUAGCUGCUCCUGCGCCUGCUCCUCAUGAUCUCAAAUUGCAUGAACGGCGUGAUUUCAUCCCAACCUCCUGGUCUGAAGAGAGACGACUGGAUGCUUCUACCUCACUACCAGUUCGGAUUGGAUUGGUCCAAUCUAACUUAGACUAUGGCCAUGAGCUUCUGAUGCAAAUGUCCAACCCAGCGUCAAGUCGAUAUGGAAAGCAUAUGACUGAAUCCGAAAUUCAUGACCUGUUUGCUCCGAGUCAAGAACGAGUAGACAAUGUUCGCUAUUGGCUGGAGUCAUCUGGAAUUGCCAGUCACCGUAUCUCUCAAUCCACCAAUAAACAAUGGAUACAGUUUGACGCGGAUGCCGACGAGCUCGAGCGACUGCUUCGUACUGAAUACUACAUUUAUUCCCAUGCUAAGACUGGUCGAUCACAUGUAGCAUGUCGCGAGUAUCACGUUCCUCAUUCAGUGAGCGAUGAUAUCGACUACAUCACUCCCGGUAUCGCCCUUCGCGAAGUUUCAAAUGUCCGACAAUCUCAAAAUGAUAUUCAAAAACGCUCUGGAGAUGGGAUACUACCAAUCUUGGGCCCGCUCCUGAUAUCUAUUGAGGAACUUUUGGACAACGUGGCUCAGCUUUGCGAUGUCGCCAUCACGCCCCAAUGUAUUAAAGAAAUGUAUCAUAUAUCCGAUGGUACAAAAUCUGCAAAAGGCAAUGAGCUGGGCAUCUUCGAGAGUAUUGGAGAUGUCUAUGCUCAAGAAGAUCUGAACCUUUUCUUCACAGCACUUGCAAGUAAAAUCCCGAGUGGAACUCAUCCAACCUUAAAAGCUAUCGAUGGUGCCAAAGCACCGACCACGUUGGCAAACGCUGGUGCUGAAUCCGACCUCGACUUCCAAAUCUCAUACCCGAUUAUCUGGCCACAAAAUUGUAUCCUCUUCCAAACAGAUGAUAUGGUAUACGAGGAUAACUAUACGUUCCGUGGCUUCUUGAACACCUUCCUAGACGCUAUCGAUGGCUCAUAUUGCAAUGAAACCUCCCCACUGGAUCCAUCAUACCCCGAUCCCCAGGCAGGUGGAUACAAAGGAUCCUUACAAUGCGGCGUUUACAACCCACCAAACGUUGUAUCGAUUUCAUAUGGUAGUGCUGAGGCGAAUCUACCCAUUGCUUACCAACGCCGCCAAUGUAACGAGUUCAUGAAGCUGGGCAUGCGAGGUGUUUCUGUCGUGGUCGCUUCGGGUGAUUCCGGCGUAGCUGGACGCGAUGGUGACCCUACGCCCAGUAACUGCUUGGGCACAAAUGGCAAGGUGUUCGCACCCGAGUUCCCGGCAUCUUGUCCUUACAUGACUACCGUCGGAGCUACAUAUCUGCCACAAGGAGCCAAGGUUCAGGAUCAUCAAGAGGUCGCCGUCUCACGGUUCGGAUCAGGUGGUGGUUUCAGCAAUAUCUAUGAACGCCCUAGCUGGCAGUCGCAGGCCGUGACGGAUUAUUUUGCAAAGGCCAAGCUGACUUACCCAUAUUAUGAGAGCGUCAAUAAUAAUAGCUUUGGUGCCAAUGGCGGUAUUUAUAACCGAAUUGGCCGUGGUUAUCCUGAUGUCUCUGCCGUGGGUGAUAAUAUUGUUAUCUACAACAAGGGUCUCCCUAUCUCUAUUGGCGGGACUUCAGCUUCAGCACCUGUAUUUGCUUCAAUUCUUACUCGGAUCAACGAAGAAAGACUUGCUGUAGGCAAGCCUACUGUCGGCUUUGUCAACCCGAUCUUAUACCAGAACCCUGGCGCAUUUUUUGAUGUCACCUCAGGUAGUAACUCUGGCUGUGGUACUACUGGUUUCCAUGCAGCCGUAGGCUGGGAUCCAGUGACCGGACUUGGUACUCCUAACUAUCCUGCGCUCUUAAAGGCAUUCAUGAGUUAA